GGGGGGGGGAUGAGCGGGUCGGGGUCGAGGUCGGCGUGGGGGGACGACGCUGGGGCCGCCGACCUGCGGUGCAGCCUGGCCUGGGCCGCCGCGCAGUCCUUCCGCCGACACUCCGCGCUGCGGCCCUGCCCUCCGGGAUACGGACCCCGGGGACACGAGGACUUCGACGCCCUGCUUGCGGAUAUCAACCAGUUGCCAAACCUGAAGGAACUCCAGCAGUCUGGAACGGACAGAGAUCAAAGAGUAUGGAAUCUUCUCAGCUGGAUCUUAUCCUCAAAGGUCUUUACCAUCCAGAGUUCAAGGAAAACAGAGUUCUCCAAGAUCCAGGAGCUGACCGGAAUCUCAGGAACCACGGUGCCACCCCCCGACUUCCUGUUCGAAGUCGUGUACUCCGAGCCCAUGAACGCCAAGUUCAACGAGACCAGGGGCGACAGGGACCUGAUCUACGCCUUCCACGGCAGCCGCCUCGAGAACUUCCACUCGAUCCUCCACAAUGGCCUGCACUGCCAUUUGAAUAAGACGUCCUUGUUCGGUGAAGGGAUCUACCUCACCAGUGACUUAAGCCUGGCUCUCCUUUACAGUCCUCAUGGUGCCGGCUGGCCGCACAGUCUGCUGGGCCCACGCCUCAGCUGCGUGGCCGUCUGCGAGAUCGUGGACCACCCGGACGUCAAGUGCCAGGCUAAGAAGAAAAAUUCCGAAGAAAUGGACCGAAAAAGAGCAAGAAUCAAGAACAGCGAGGGGGGAGAGGUGCCGCCCAAGUACUUUGUGGUCACCAACAAUCAGCUUUUGCGGGUCAGAUACCUGCUCGUUUAUUCGCAGAAGCAGUGCAAGAGGUUGGCCGGUUGGCCCUCCUGGCUGUCCAGCCACCCCUUCGCCCUGCUGAUGGGCACCUACCUGCUGCUGCUGAUCGCCGUCGGCAUCGCCAACUCCCCCACCUUCUCCUACUACUGGAACCGGGCGUUUGCAACCCAGAGAUGAAGACCCCGGGCCGGGGGGGGUCGCCCUCUGCCUGACUGAAAUCAGAGCUCUUCGUUACCUCUCCCUCUAAUCACCCCUGCGGCCGGGGGUCUCCGGGCAGGGGGCGCGCCCCCACCCGCCCCCGGAGAGUCACACGGGGACGAGGCACCGGCCAGCGGCGGGGGAAGGGAGAGCCCCCAGAGACAAAGCGUCCGAGCUGACGGGGGACCCUCCUUUACCAGACUGCCUGGACGUGAGACUCUCACCCGGAAGCCCGCCGGGAGAGCGACGGUCCCCAUUCCCCCCCUCCGGCUCCAACGCGGCCCGACGGUGACGCCAGAAAGCCCCACGGGCGUCUCCU